UAUAUAUUUGUAUUUUUAAAACAACAAAGUGGUGUAUUUUUAAAAUAUGUAUGUGCAUGUUUUUAUUGUGCAGAUUAAUUACAUGGAGAAAAUGGGGAAGAAAAGUCCAUUUCUGACAAGGAAAUACAAGCGGCCAUCACUUCGUGAUUGGGAUGUCAAGACGGCAAACCAAGACCUUCAGAAGGUCCAUGACCUUAUGGGACUCGAGCAUGGACUGACGGCAGGGGUAACCAGACUGUACAGCGCUGAUGAAGGUCCGCUUGUAUUGUGUUUUGAUGCAGAUACUUGUCCACUCUCUAAGGCAGAGAUGCAUCUUAAUCAUUGUAGGUCUUGUAUGCGGAUCUACACUACAACCGCGGAAACCUUGGAAAGAAGAAUAGCUGAGGGAAAUGUUGAAACUUAUCGGAAAAAUAAUGCAGUUCCAAAAGAAACAAACACAACCAAGGACAAUCCGAUUGAAGUGCAACCCGAAACAGAGGAGAAUAAGAGUUCAAGUAAUGAAAAAGGGAUGGAAGUACCUGAAACUGAAGAUAAUAGAAGUUUGAGUGCCGGAACAUAUCUAACUCAAAAAAGAAAAGAAAGGAGUUGUAGUGUAGAUAAUGGACAGACUCAGAAUGAAUCUUCCAUACCACAAACAAGCACUCGAGGGGAAGAAAGGUUGAAUAAUCAAGAAGAUGUAGCAGAUGAGAUCAAUGCCAAAAUCAUUGAUGGCAAAAGCCUUGAUGAUUCAGUGACGAAAGCAUGCAAUAUGGGUCUUUCCUUUACACAGGAAACAAUCUUGAAGUGGUCAGAGUUUUUUGAUGGGGAGAAGCUUCGAAUGCAGGGUAAGAAAUGAAUAUAUAUGAUGUGU